UGCGGCGUGCGUUGUUUGGCGCCAGUGUUUUCGCGGGGAUUGGAGCGGUCUUGGAGGGCUAAGCGAACUCUUAUUUCAAAAUAAAGCAUUUUCAAUUAGGUAUUCCUGUAAAUAGCUUUGUAGCUUACUUGGAUAUUACAUGUAUUUCGAGUUUUGUCGUGUUACGUCAAAAGUACCGAGGUUGUAAGGACAAUGACCUCGACCACCUCCAGCCUCCUCCCUCUCCUAGAGUCCCUGGAGGACUCGAGUGUGGGUCAGACAGAGCAAACCGAUGCAUAUCUGACCAUCACAAGUCGGCUGAGUGGAGAGGAUGGACGUAAUUUUCUGCCUGCAGUAAUAAAGCACUUUCCACGUUUGGGAAAAGUUUUACAGACUCACAUCUCAAGUCAAAACACCGAACUGAGCCAGGCUGCAUUGCAAGCUUUGGGGUUCUGCGUCUUCCACAGUAACGUUGUCUCUGGGAUCCCAGAUAACAUUUCAGAAGAAUUUCUGGUGUCUCUUACCUCCCUGGUUGUUAAUGUCAAAGAUAAAAACACAUGUACACGGGCUUUGUGGGUGAUUUCUAAGCAAAACUUCCCUGUGGAGGUGGUCGCCAAGAAGGUGCCAGACAUUCUGAAAUCACUGGAAGUGGUGCAAGCAAGGGAGGACAUCCAGUCUGUUAUUAUUGGCCAUGAGGCGCUUAAUGUUGUCAUCAGACUGCUGGAGCAGGCCCCUGUUCAGAUGGGUGAGGCGGCAGUGCAGUGGGCCAAACUCGUCAUUCCUCUGGUGGUCCACUCUGCCUCAAAGGUCCGUCUGCGGGCCGCGGCCGCCUUGGAGAUGGGCCUGCCUCUGCUCCUCAAGAAGCAGCAAGAGGUCGCGGCCAUCAUCGAGCCCCUUAUGUCCUCAAAGCUGAUUCCCGAGCUCCAGAAACUGUUCUCCUCCAAGAAUGAGAGCAAUGUUCUGAAACUCUGGCCUUUGUUUGUAAGACUCCUGGGAAAGCUUCUUCAUCGAGGAGGCCCUUUCAUCAACUCAUUGCUGCAUCUGGAGGAGCUGGGUUUCCGAAGUUCCUCGCCAGUUAUCAAGAAGAUCGCCUUCAUCGCCUGGAAAAGCCUCAUUGACAACUUUGCCCUCAAUGCAGAGAUCUUGUGCAGCACCAAGCGCCUGAAACUGCUCAUGCAGCCACUGAGCUCCAUCCAAGUGAGGACAGAGGCCUUACUACUCACUAAACUGGAAGUGUGGUGGUACUUGGUGGUCAAACUGGGUCCCAAUCUGGCAACCAACUUUGAGCAGGUUGGCAUUCCUCUCCUCCAGAGUGCAAUAAAUGCAGAAUCGCAGUCCCAAACUCCGACUCCUGCCAGAAACACCAGUCAGAAUACCAGUGUUGUAUCCUGUACACCUAAAGCAGGUAACCUUACCCUAAACAGCCCGUGUUCAACUCCCAGGAUGAAUCUGAACAGCAGUGUAAAUGGGCAGCAGCCCUUCACUUCCAUUCAGCUUCUGGGGCUGGAGAUGUUGCUACACUAUUGUAUGGGUCCCGCGGUUACAGACGCUGCAGCUCAACAUAAGCUACAACUCAGCCUGGAGCCCCUGAUCUGUCCUUUACUAGCCAGCCCAUCAACUUUCAACAAGUUCUCAAGUGUUCUUAUCGGUGCAGUUAGGGAUGGGUUCAUCACUGCUGGCAAAGAUGCCUCAGAUGCCUUACUUGUCCUAAUUUGGAAUAACCUCAUUGGGUUAGUUGUGGCUGCGGUAGAAACAGCUGGCAAUAAGAAGGAGAGGCAGGGCUCUGAAGUGCUAACCCUGCUGCUACAGACCCUGCAGUCCGUGGUCUCCUCCGAGAGCCUUCCCACUAACCACACCUUGGCUCUUCUUGAAGCUACAGUAAACAGACUUCCUUGCAAGAUACUGGGUUCUGCUGCGUAUCAGGUGGCCAAUAUGGAUGUUUUAAAUGGUACCCCGGCAUUGUUCCUCUUCGAUUUGUUCUUUAACAGCUGCUUCUUGCCUUCGUUUGUGCUGGAUGAGAGGUUUUUCGCUUGCCUUGAGUUUUUGGUCAGCUGCGGCCUUUCAGGGCCCACAUCCUCUCUAGCCUUCAGCGAAUCACUUCUCAGGAUCAUAGGGCGUGCUGCAGAUGUUGUGAGAGACAAGGAGCACCUUUGGAGGAUGUGGAGCAUUGUGGUCGACCCGCUGACGGACACGAUCAUGCUGACCAAUGAGGUAAACCAAGGUGAUGCUCUGGAACAUAACUUUACUGCAGUGUAUAGUGCCUUGAUGUUUCCCCUCAGUCAUCUGCUGCCUGGCCAGGCCCUACCCCAGAUGACUCAGAAGUCCCUGCUGGGCACAUGGUCUAGAACGUAUACAGCUUUUGCCCGCUGCUCUGCCCUGGUUGCUACUGCAGAAGAGAAUGCGUGUUGUGAGGAGCUGUGUUGCAAGAUAGUUGCUGCUUUAGACCAACAGGCACUUGCGAAUCUUUCAACACUGGAUGCAGUCGCAAAUAUUCUGCUGGUUAUCAUUGAAUGUGUGGACUUCUCUCCUUAUACUGCUAAGUUUCAGCAGAAGACUAAAUCUCCCCGCACACCGCUGAACUGGGGAAGGAAGAAGAAUAAGGCUCUGGGGAACCUUGCCAGCUUUCAGACGCUUCUCCUGCUGUCCCUGGACUCCCUUCUCUCCCAAGGGGCCUCUGAGACUGUGGAGAGCUCGGGGGCGUCUGCGUGUGCAGCGGCCUCGCUUCUGUUCGCCGCACUGUCUGUUCUCUUUAACAAUCUUGCCGUAUCCAGUGCCAUCCGGGAGGUCGUGUCCAGCUUCUCCGCUCCGUUAGCUGCGUUCUUUGAGCAAACGGGAAGACCUCAGAAUGAACAGCCAGAUUUCUUCUCAAGUGUCGCUCCGAAGCUGGAGAAGCUCAUUGGUGAGAUGCUGGCCUGUCUGCAGUCGCGAACAGUGAUGGCCUAUGACAGCGAGCUCCUCGUCUUGCUGGUGCCCUUGCUUCGUGUACUCCUGCCUCACAAGAGCAAGCAGAUCCGCACACUUGUCACUCAGUUCUGGAAUGCUACCUUUGGGAAAGCCCCUGUUCUCAACUACCCAGAGGAGCUAAAGUUGAUUUUGAGCCAGGUGAAGCAGAACACUAUGAUCAUUUUGCCUGGAUUUCAAGCUGUAGAUCUAAAUGAUGAUUUCAGUGGGCAGUAUUCAGGUGAAUGUUCUCAGCUUGAAACAAAGAUUAGUGGAGUCGGGGUGACACCAUCUGGAAAGCGAGACUCGCUACUGGCCCGGGCUGGGGAACUCCGUCCGAAAACACCUUCCAAACCCCUAUUGGGUAAGCUUGAUUUUGGAUCACCCAAGCACCCUCGACAAGAGUUACUGGAAGAGGAGGCCUCUUUGGAUUUUGUAUUCAUACCUCCGGAGCCCAAGGAACGAGUGCUGACAGAGCAUCAGAAAGAAGUAAUGAGGACUAAAAGGACUGAUAUUCCUGCUAUGUACAACAACCUAGAUGCGUCUUUGGACACCACCCUCUUUUCUCAGUACAGCCAGUCUCAAGAUGACUUGAUGAAUAAGUUAUCUGCAGACGACAAAGCUGCCGAUACCCCAGUAAAUGAGGCCCAACAAGAAAAAAUGGACACUGAAGAAUUGGCUCAGGAAGCAGUCAAAUUAAAAAGCAAAUCUGCUGAGGAAGGUGCUUGCAAUGAGGACCCAUCAGCUGAAGAGGGUGAUAUUUCCAGGCAGAGUAAUUUGGAGGGCAGCACCAAUGACUGCGAUGUUUCAGGAUCCCCAGAUGUAGUAUCUGGGACUCCCCAGAAGCCCCCCAGCCGUCGGCAGUCAUUUAUAACCCUAGAGAAAUAUGAGGAAGGCAAAACUGCUAGCCCCAUUGCUAACACCAAAUUUACAGGUUCGCUUAGCAGGACAACGGAAGAUCAGGUCAGCAACGCUCCGCCUUUGAACACUGAGACUAUGCAAGAUCCCACAGUGAAAGAGACUUCACAAAUGAGUAGCGGACCAAAUGAUAGCCGUCCUGAAAAUGAAGACCAGCAGGCGGAGUCAGCAGAUGAGGCAGAUCCUGUUGUGAAAAAUAGCGGCCAAGAUACAGAGGAUGAUGAAGGUGUCAUACCUAACACCCAAGUAGAUGCCGAGGCAGACGUUCCUUUAGCAGAGUCUAUGGAAUGCACUCCGUUAGAAGAGCACCCUAAUGAUGCCAUGGACAGUUCCGAAAACUUUCGGAAUACUCCAGAUUCUGUGGAAAUCAGGCGAUCAGGCCGACGCAGAAGCAAGCCUGCGCGCCCCGGUGAGGGUGCAGCGGUGGCUGAUGAGAAAAACAAGCUGGGGAAGGCGAGUACGAAGGAACUGCUGACGAAUCGGGCAAAUGUACAGAGAACUCCAGCUACUCAGCCGGAGAUCUUGUCACAAGGUAGAUCAAGCAGAAGAAGUAAGAAUGCUGUCGAGCAGUUGGCACUGGAGGACAAAGUGAGCAGCAGAACACGCACAGAGCACGCAAAAACGAGGCAGAGUAGUCAAGGUAGACCGAGCAGGAAGUGCAGAGUGUCUGAUGGAGAAGUGCUGGAGGACAAAGAUCAGACGAGUGACAGAUCCGCUGAAGAAGAAACAAAAAAUAGCGAAAAAAGUGGGCAAAAAGCACAGCUACUCGUGGCUGAGGCAGAGGUUUUGUCCCAAAGUAAAGUGAGUAAGGUGCCAACACUAUUAAACAAGGACCACGAUUCCCAAAAUGUGGAUCUUGUGGGUUCACAAAAUGUCUCUUCUGCAGAUUCUUCUCCUAGCCUAGUCGUGGGAUCUUCACAGGGCAAGCGAACUAGAAAGCUGACUACAGAGGCAGAUUCUGAAGUAAGCAGUGCACCGCCUUAUGAAGGCCUGAAUGAAAACAAAGCCUUGCAGAUAGGUGAUAAACAGGAGAAUUCACAAGAGCCUUCCCAGGGAUUUGCUAGGUACCGGACACGGCGGUCGUCCCAGGGGUUGCAGGUCAAUGUUGAGAAUUCCGAGUCGGAUGCUUCAGAAACCUGUGACAAUAGCCAUACCUCGAAAAAACGACGCAGAAAGCCAAACCUGUCAAGUCCUGCCUUGACUUCCAGUCAGCCCAAAAAUGAAGCUGAACAGCCAGAGGGAGGCGAGCAAGUGGAAAGUCAGCUACCGACUAAAAUGGAAAGCUCGGAGCUCGCUCAAGAGACGGAAUCCAAAGCUGCAAUUUCUGAGACAGUGGAGCCAGCUGAGACCAAGGAGGCAGAGGAGGUGCUGCAGGACGAUGUUAAAUUGUUAGAAUCGGUGGAUUCAGAUGUUUCUGUGAAAUGUCCUUUAGAAACAAAUGCUGAAGUUGCGAAAAGUAUGAUUGUAGUAUUAGAAAGGACUGAAAAUAAGGGAACCAGGUCUGCAGUUCAAGAUGGUUCUGCAACACCUUUGGAAGGGACAAGUAAGAGUGACUUUGUGCAUGUUUGCCCACAUACUAAGAGGGGAAGGGGGCGUAGGCGUGGUAGGAGCUGCCACUGCAAGACGCGUGGACCCUUACCUCAAGACAUUGACUCGCGUGACUCUCAAAAUACAGAGUGUCUAAGAGAGAGUGCUGCAUCUGACCCUGACUCUGUAGAAUUCCAGCCUGCGGACUCCCCCGUCCAUGUUGGCGAUUCCAGCACAGAUGAUGCUGUGUUUGAGUCUUGCACACUAAGCACUCCAUCUGUUGCCAGUUCCACUAUUGAAAUGCAUUCGGAUAUUUCUGUUUGUAAAGGAGAUGAUCAGGAGACAUUGGGGGUUGAGGACACCAUUGUUGAAGGUGCAAAUGGACUUGAGGUAAAUGUAGAGGAAUGUCAAACAGACAAUAUUUGUGACCCUGAAGAAAUCGUGCCCUUGAAGGAAAGUGUAGAGGAGCAUAGUACAGCUCCGGAAGAACCCCAAGGGCUAAAUGGAGAUGAAAGUGUUGCUCCUUUACUUGAGCAGUCUAACCCAACGCUGGAAGAGGUUGAGGGUACACACGCAAAUAAUGAAGAUGUGGCUGUAGUGGCUGCUUGUGCCACCUUGCCGGACAAGCCUUCCGCUGUCCCACAGGCCCUUGUGUGUGUCGACUCUCCACCUAAACAGAAGUAUUUGGAUCCUGUAUCAGGUUUGGUAGAAGUGGGGGACAGUCCCAGCAGUGGGAAGAGUCGAGGUGUCUGGUCUGCUUCUGCUUCUCCUUCCGCCAGCAUUCUCAAGAAGGGACAGAAAAGGCUACUGGAAGAGGAAUCGCCAUCUCCACUGCCGAAGUCUAGGAGGGUGUCCUUUGCUGACCCAAUUUAUCAUCAAGAACUGGCAGAUGACAUUGAUCGUCGAAGUCCUGUCAUCAGAUCCUCCGGUAGUAACUCGCCAAGAUCGAAGAACAGUGCUAUUACUGUUCAGCCAAAGUACAUCAUAACUCCAACCAAAGGCAUCCAGACACGGAAUCUGCGUAGCCCGGGAUACAAGAGCUCAAAGAAAUGCCUGAUGUCUGAGAUGAGCCAGGAGCCCAAGCCUAUUCCCAAGGACUGUGUCUUCCCAGCCCUUGUUGGCUGCUCUGUUCCUGUUGAGGCCAUCUUGCCCCAGCUAACCUCGAAUAUGUGGCCCCGUGGAUUUGGGCAGCUGGUGCGAGCCAGAAAUAUUAAAACUGUAGGAGAUUUAAGUGCUCUUACACCCAGCGAGAUCAAGUCUCUGCCUAUUCGGUCCCCGAAGCUGUCUAAUGUUAAGAAGGCUCUGAAAAUCUACCACGAACAACAGCGGAAGGGUUGUGAUGAUCUGAAGGCCUUUGAUGAAAUGGAAUCAAUGACCUCUGAGCUAGAAGAGACGGAUGCACCUCAGGAUAAGGUGUCUCUGAAAGUCAUAGAGACGGAACUGUCCGUCAUUCCUCUGGCCGCAGAGCAGAAGUCUACGGAUCUGCCUUUGGCGGUGAAGGAGUUGGCUUCACGCUUAACACUGGAGGAGCUGGACCACUGUUCACCAGAACAUCUGGUUGUGAUGCACGAGCAGCUGAGUGGCAUGAUGAGAAGCAUUGUGGUUCAGCUUCAGAGCCGGCUGCCCUGCGGCACCAAUAACGGCUGAUCUUGUUGGUCAAAUGGUUUGUUUCCCUGCAGUGGCACUGAAGUUGCUCUUCCAUGCAACUUCUUCAACACAGUCAUAAUUCAGCCUUGGCUGUUUUGUCCCUCACAAGCCUUUGGAUUUUUUUAAAAACUAUUUAAACCCUUUUGUUCUGCUUUUAAUAGCUGCUUUAACCCACCCCCCCCCCCCCCCCAUCAAAAUACACGGAUUUUGGUAUUAUUGCAGCAGAAGGUUUGGAGGGAACGCAUCAGGGCCGUGGUGCUGGUGUGCCCGGACUAGAUGACUUUUUAACAUGCUAGUGGCUUAACUCACUUAGCACUUCAAGAAAUAUUGUACAAGAUGAAUAAAGGAGCAAAUGGA